CUGGCCCUGCCUACCGCGCUACCUGAGGCGCCAAGGCCAGCCGCGUCCCUGAUUUCCGGGCCCAGCUGCGCCCCUCCGUCCGUCCCCACCUCAGGCCGGCCGCAAGGGGUGUUCCCCGACCCCGGAGACCCAGACUGUGAGCCUGACACCCCUGAGAGAGGUGGGCCAAUUCACCAAGGCCCACUCUGUCUCUGCAGGUGCUCAGGCUCAGAUGCCGCCCCCAGCGAUGCACUGCCCGAGACUGGCCCUGGGCCUGGGAUUCUGCCUGCUGCUGGGCAUCACCCUCUGCUCUCUGUGGUUGUAUGUCGAGAACUGGCUGCUGGUCUCCUACAUCCCCUAUUAUCUCCCCUGCCCAGAGAUCUUCAACAUGAAACUUCAGUACGAGGAGGAGCCGUCCCAGCCCGUGGCACAGUCACAGUACCCUCAGCCCAAGCUGCUGGAGCAAAAGCCCACAGAGCUGCUGACACUCACACCCUGGCUGGCGCCCAUCGUCUCCGAGGGAACCUUCAACGCCGAGCUUCUGCAUCACAUCUACCAGCCGCUGAACCUGACCAUCGGGCUCACGGCGUUUGCCGUGGGGAACAGGUACACCCGGUUCGUCCAGCACUUCCUGGAGUCGGCCGAGCAGUUCUUCAUGCGGGGGUACCGCGUGCGCUACUACAUCUUCACUCACGACCCCCAGGCCAUUCCUCGGGUCCCGCUGGGCCCCAACCGCCACCUCAGCGUUGUCCCGGUCCCCGGGCCCUCCCAGUGGGAGGAGGCCUCCACGCGCCGGAUGGAGGUCAUCAGCAUGCACAUCGCCGAGAGGGCGCACCGGGAGGUGGACUACCUCUUCUGCCUGAACGUGGACACGGCGUUCCGGAACCCGUGGGGCCCCGAGACCUUGGGGGACCUGGUGGCCGCCAUCCACCCGGGCUACUUCACCGUACCCCGCCACCAGUUCCCCUAUGAGCGCCGGCCCGUCUCCACCGCCUUCGUGGCAGACGGCGAGGGGGACUUCUACUAUGGCGGGGCGGUCUUUGGGGGCCGGGUGGCCAGGGUGUAUGAGUUCACCAGGGGCUGCCACAUGGGCAUCCUGGCGGACAAGGCCAACGGCAUCACGGCAGCCUGGCAGGAGGAGAGCCACCUUAACCGCCGCUUCCUCUCACACAAGCCCUCCAAGGUGCUGUCCCCCGAGUACCUCUGGGACGACAGGCAGCCCCAGCCCCCCAGCCUGAAGCUGAUCCGCUUCUCCACCCUGAACAAGGACACCGCCUGGCUGCAGAGCUGACGGCGGAGGCGGGGCCGCCGCGGACGGGGGAACCCCAGCGAGCGCCCGGCUCACCGGAGCCGCCGGGCACCGGGGCCUCACUCCUCAAGCCUUACGUGGGACCAGCCCUGUGCCGUCUAACCUCCACCCCUGCUGGCAGAAUCCAGCGAGAAGGUGGGCCUGGAAAGGCCUCUGUCCACUGCGAAGAGCAGUGUCCGCGUGGAGGAGAACACCAAGAUCACACCAUCCGAGGCCCAAGGACAGGAGGAAGGGAGGCCAGAGGUGGAAGAAGACGGGGCCUGCAGGCCUCCGCCAGCCCACAAGCCUUCGGGGCAGCCCCACCCAGGGCCCCAAAUCCCCUCUCUGCCACCCGCCCGUUCGUUGCCUGCUGCCCUUGACGUUGCACUUCUAACACUUGUAGGAAAGGCAUCCCCACCCCCUUUUCUCUGGCUGCAGGGGUCCCUGCUGUGUGUCCCCAGCCUCUGGAGCCAGUUUUUCACUCAGGACCCGGAGGGAGCCUUCCAGGCUCCCUGGUUUCCUGUCCCUGCCUCAUUCGAGGUGGACGGUCCCCGGCACCAAGCACCUCUUCUGUAAGAGGGUUUGGGCAGCUUUUAAUAAAAGUAGCGUGUGCUAGGCCCUAACCGGGCUUUCUUCA